CUCGAAUCUAUCAUGUUGCGUGUGUAACUAACAUUUUUCCCAUUUUGAUCGGAACUUCCGGUAAUUUUCACCACGUUCUCCGCCCCGCCAAUGCCAUGGGCGUUUCCAAACAAAAGACAACAGAGGGCACUUCAGAAUGGGAGAGAGCUUCCAUGAACAGCUGCGAAUAGACAGCCGGUUCCUGAAAUCGGACCGACGUCUGGAUACAGAAUUGGUGGAUAAACUCAUCCUGCAGCUGAACAGAAUCUACCCACAGAUCCUGACUGACAAGGAGGCCUCCAAAUUCAGGGAUUUGGAUGUUCCCACCUGUAUCAGGCUGGCGGAGCUGCUGUCUCACCUACAGGAGAAGGGAGAGGAGGCAUGUCGAGAGUUUUACCGUGCUCUUCACCUCCACGUGGAAGACGUUUACUUCAGCUUACCCACACGCCUCAAACUCAGAGAGUCUGGUGAUCCAAUCAGCCCAAUCCCGAUUCCCACAGAGAGACACGUAUUGAAUGACCAUAGUCCGUUUUUCUUCCUCAGUUGUUUCAGUGUGGCUGUAGGAGCAGCUCUGCUGUAUUACUAUGGUGAGUCCAAGCAGGUGUCAGGCUCCAGCAGCGCUCUGGGUCUAGCUGCGAUGGGUCUUGGUAGAAAAGUGCGAGACGUUCUCAUCUGGUACACAGAAGAUGGAAAAUAAUGUUUUGCUGCAAACGAUUUAGAAAUACUCGAAUAUCCAUGUCAAACAUAUCCAAAAAUAUUUUAAUUCAGGUUUUAAAAAAUAUGUACAUACUUUGUAUAUGUAUAUACAUGAGGCAAGAUUCCAAAGAUUUAAUUUUAAGGUUUCAUGCCUAACUCUGGAAUCUCGUUACAAUUUUAAAUAUAACAAUAUAGUGAUUUAUAUAACUGCGUAACAUACAGUUAUGCAUUUGAAAUAACAGCCAUUUACAUGCAAUUACAAGAGCAGGAACUCAUUACUAUUAAACAAACUCUCUUACACUAAAGUAUUCAGUUGAAGUUAACAUGCAAAGCUGCUGUUAAUGUUGCAACACUUUUUUUGUUUGUGCAUUUGUCGUAAAAACAGACCUCAAACUCAUCUAUAUAUUAUGUAUAGUCAAUACCUUUUAAUUCUCGCAGACUGUCUAAAAGUAAUAUUAGUAAAAUGUCGACACAAAGGGUUCCACAUUUCCAAAUUCACUACACUAUUGAGUACAUACAAAACUGGAUAAACAUGACAAAUCAUAUAGACACUAAAGACUACAGGUAAAUCUGAUCCUCAGAGUUUUGGGAGUUUGUUACAUUGUAAUACAUUUUUUGGGGCUAAGGUUUAAACAAAUAUAUUUUAUUUAAGCAUGUUUAUAUAGCUUACUUUUAUACUGGCAGCAUGUUUGCACUGGUUUGUGUACUAAUAAUUGAUUUUGUCAAUUUGAACUCUAGUGGCCUUGUUUCUGCAGUGUGACUGUAAGACAACUAUUUUGUAAAUCUGAUAUUUUCAGCCUGGAAACACUCACAAUAGUUAUCUGAGAAACUGUAUUUUUUGUCAGGGUUUAAUAAAACAUUUAUUAGACUAAAUAAAA